AUGGAAUUAUCUUUAUCGAAUCAAGAUUUAAAAGAGCAACGAAGAAAACAAAGAAAAAUUUAUCAAACUACUCAACUAAAAAUUAUAGCAAUAGUCAAAUUUUGGAACCGAAAAAGCAGAUAUCUUGUUUCAAAAUUUAUUUGUAAAAAA